AUGACGCUGAAAUGGAGUCAAACGUUUGCCAUUAUGGAGAAUGUAUUGAAUGUAGGAGCGCCAAUAGUGAUUCUAAAAUAUCAUGAAUGUUUUCGAAACGCGUCUUCAGUGGUUGACUGUUUUGGUAUUACGAGUGAUCCGACAGGUUGCUAUAUGUUCGUCACAAGAUUUUAUGAGUCUGGAAAUUUACAUCAAUACCUUGCCAAGACGAUGGGUUGCCUUUGUUGGAGAGACGUUGUUGAUAUGCUCUGGGGGAUAGUUACCGGUGGCCUUGAACCAAUUCAUGAAAAUGGUCUUUUCCAUGGAAAUCUUCAUAGUGGUAAUUUAUUAGUCGAAGAACAUCCUGAAUCAAUAAACGUAAAAAUUUCUGACAUUGGAUUAAAGGGUCCUGCUGACGGUUCUACCUCCGUGUACAUAUCAUUAAUGGAAAGAUGCUGGCAUCAAGAUCCGAGCAAACGACCCAAAGCCACUGAACUUAACGAAAUUAUAACUGCUUGGAUGACUGCUAUCAGCGACGAUCCUGACCCUUCUCCAACUUCUGAGCAAUUCGAUAUUGCCGAAGAAAAAAGAUUUGCGGAUUUAGUAAAUAAAACUUUCCCCAAACCAAAAUUCCAUAAUCAAGCAAUAUAUACCAGCAGAUUAUUAAAUUACAGCUCUCUCUGUGAGAACACCACUCAAUAG